CGAAACCAAUCCAAGCGCCGGUGGUUCAGUGUUACCCGCAAAUUAAUUGCACCUUGACCGGGCCCUCCACGGAUUAACGUUCCCCGAAUCGAUUUAGGCAAUCGGAAAGGGCCACAGGGCAACAUACCAGACCAGCCCGCCCCUAACUUCCCACUUCAUCUGCCGUUGGUUCUUAAUCCCCAUUCUCGGAAUCGCACGACCUCGACGUUUCGCAUCCACGAUUCGUGUCCAUUCCGUUCGCACAGACUGAUAAUCCAUCACAAUGCCUAAGAAAGGAGGAAAGAACAAGAACAAGGGCAAGAAGAGCGGCGGUGCUGCCGCUGCCGCGAAGAAAGCAGCUGAUGCCCCCAACAAUGUUGUACCAGCCAACGAGGUUGAGGAAACAGUUGCCAAGAGCGACAGUGAGCUCGAAGCUGUCGCUGCCGAGGCAGGCGUCACUGACACCACUGCGCCUGAGGCUGUCGUCCCCGAGACAGUUACCAAGGACGAAAGCGAAGUUGAAGCCGUCGCUGCUGGUGCCGACACUGGUGUGACUUCAGCACCCGAGACCACCAUCCCUGAGACUGUCGCCAAGAGUGAGAGCGAAGCCGUCGCUGCCGAGACAGCUCCUGCAGUGACUGCGGCACCCGUGGCCACCGUUACUGACACCGCCGCCCCGGUCCCCGCGCCUGCCCCUCCGGUCAACUUCACGGAGGAGGCCUCAAACGCAGUCAAUACCGCGUUCCCCAAGAUAAACGAUGGCAUCGUAGAGGACGCUGCGCAGCAGACGAAGACUGCUCAGGCGGAGACAGUGGAGGAGGGCACGAGUAAGUAACCCAAUGGGUGCGCAUUUGCGCAGGGCUGAUAGUUUGCUGACAACG